CCAACUAUCAAUCAGUCCAUCAUGAAAGAAACGAACCAACGGUGCCUUGACUUUCACAGCUCCAUAAUAACAAUCCUCCUCUUUGCUCCAACUCCACUUCUCUUAUCGUUCACACAAAAUUAAAAUUCCAAAAGAAGAAAGAAGGGGGAAGAAACGAUGGUGAUCUCAAGCACCGAUCCCGCCGCGGAACAGCAGGUUUACAUCAGUACUUUUGCUUCCAGAUAUGUCCGUCAGUCUCUUCCUAGAUUCAAGAUGCCAAACAGUUCAAUGCCCAAGGAAGCAGCAUAUCAAAUAAUAAAUGAUGAAUUGAUGCUUGAUGGAAAUCCAAGGUUGAACUUGGCAUCAUUUGUGACCACAUGGAUGGAGCCUGAGUGUGACCAACUCAUGUUGGCUGCAAUAAAUAAGAAUUAUGUUGACAUGGAUGAAUACCCUGUUACCACUGAGCUCCAGAAUCGAUGUGUAAACAUGAUUGCAAACUUAUACCAUGCUCCGAUUGGGGAUGGUGAGACAGCAGUUGGUGUCGGGACCAUUGGUUCCUCUGAGGCAAUAAUGCUGGCAGGAUUAGCUUUUAAAAGAAAGUGGCAGCAAAAGAGAAAAGCACAAGGCAAGCCCUAUGAUAAGCCCAAUAUAGUCACAGGGGCAAAUGUGCAGGUUUGCUGGGAGAAGUUUGCUAGAUACUUCGAGGUUGAGCUGAAGGAAGUGAAGCUGAAAGAGGGAUAUUAUGUGAUGGAUCCUGUAAAAGCAGUUGAAAUGGUUGAUGAAAAUACCAUUUGUGUUGCAGCCAUUUUGGGAUCUACCCUGACUGGGGAGUUUGAGAAUGUUAAGCUCCUUCAUGAACUUCUCACCAACAAGAAUAAGGAGACUGGUUGGGACACCCCAAUACAUGUUGAUGCUGCCAGUGGAGGAUUCAUUGCUCCUUUUGUUUACCCAGAUCUUGAGUGGGAUUUCCGCCUACCAUUAGUAAAAAGCAUCAAUGUCAGUGGCCACAAGUAUGGCCUUGUAUAUGCUGGUGUUGGUUGGGUUGUGUGGAGAACCAAGGAAGAUUUGCCUGAGGAGCUUGUCUUUCACAUCAACUACCUUGGAUCUGACCAGCCCACUUUUACCUUAAACUUCUCUAAAGGCUCUAGUCAAAUUAUAGCUCAAUAUUAUCAGCUUAUUCGGCUUGGCUUUGAGGGGUACAAGAAUAUCAUUGAAAACUGCAUUGAGAAUGCAAGAAUUCUGAAGGAAGGGAUAGAGAAAAUAGGACGGUUUGAGAUUGUCUCCAAAGAUGUGGGUGUUCCCCUUGUGGCUUUUGCUCUAAAAGACAGCAGUAAACACACUGUAUUUGAGAUAUCUGAGAACUUGCGAAGGUUCGGUUGGAUCGUUCCAGCUUAUACAAUGCCUGCAGAUGCCCAAAAUGUUGCUGUUCUCCGUGUUGUUGUUAGGGAGGACUUCAGUCGCGGCCUGGCAGAGAGACUUGUCUCACAUAUUGAGCUGGUUGUGAAGGAACUAGAAUUGCUUCCAAGUCGUACGGCCAUUGAAGUUGCGCAUGUUGACUCCGUGCAAGAAGAAAAUAGGGGUGCAAAGUCUGCUAAAAAGACUGAGAGAGAGAUUAUAAAAGAGGCUGCCAGGACCUGGAGGCGUUUUGUGAAUGCCAAGAAAACAGGGGUGUGUUAAGACCCUACAAAUCUGUGUUCUACAAUAUUAUGUGUUAGCCAUGUUGGAUAUUAAUGGAUUGCUGGGGCAAUAUCUAUUUUACUCUUUGAAACUGCAGCAUUACUUAUAUUGUAAUUUCAUUGUGUUAUGCAUGUAUAAGAGUGGUAUAAGUUUUUGUGUAUGUAGAAUAUUAUGUUCAAAUUAAAUAAUAUAUGGAUUUUGUCGUCUUGGUUGGUUGCUUAA